AUGGAGAGCAGCGUGCACUGCCUGCUCUGCCUCCGGAGCCUCGCCCUGAGGCCAGUGCUGCUGGGCUAUUUCUUGGGCCUGAACGCCCUGACCGUGUCCUCCCGGGAGCUGACGGUGCACGCGGGGGAGCCCGCCCUGCUGGGCUGCGUGUUCCAGGGCGUGGAAGGGAAACGCGUGACCAAGGUCGACUGGACAUUCUCACGCAGGGAGCACGACGACCAGGUGGACUACGUGCUGUACCAUUACGCCAACCUCAGCGUGCCUGUGGGGCGCUUCCAGCACCGGGUGAGCCUGGUGGGGGACCUCGCACGCAACGACGGCUCUCUCCUGCUCCGAGACGUGGAGGAGGCCGACCAGGGCACCUACACCUGCGAGAUCCGCCUGGAGCUGGAGAGCCGCGUGUUCAAAACCCACGUGGCGCUGCACGUGCUGCCGGCGGAGCCCCGAGAGCUCACGGCCCAGGUGGGUGACACGGUUCCAAUGGGCUGUGCUUUCCAGAGCACGGAAGAGAAGCUCACGACCAAGGUCGACUGGAUGUUCUCCCCAGGGCAGCACGCCAAGGAGGAGGCGGUGCUGCACUAUUCCACCGGCCGCAGAGGACCCCUGGGGCCCCCCCAGAGCGGGGGCCGCUUCCGGAACCGCGUGGCGCUGGUGGGGGUCACGGCGCACGACGGCUCCGUCCAGCUCCAGGGAGCGCGGGAGUCCGACGCGGGCAGCUACACCUGCAGCAUCCAGCUGGGGGAGCUGGCCUUCAGGAAGACCUUCGCGCUGCUCGUGAGGCCGAGAGAGCCCGCAGCGCUGGUGACCGCCACGGCCCCCAGACCCGAGGUGCUGGGCGGGACCCAGCUGGUGACCAUCGUGGGCAUCGUCUGCGUCACUGUCCUGCUGCUUCCGGUGCUCAUCCUGACCGCGAGGAGGAUCCAGGGGAGUAAGAGCUCUGGGACGUCCAGGGCCCUGGAGAAGAGCCUGGAGGACAGGGACAGGGCUCUGCCCGAGAAGCAUGUUUACUCCUCCAUCACCACGUGGGAGGUGCCCAAGGAAGAAGAGCCACGUGACAGGUCAGAGGCCACCUACAUGACCAUGCGCCCGGUGUGGCCUUCCUUGCCCAGUAACCCACCUGGGCGAGCCUUCUAA